UGAAAUUCCCCAUUGGAAUGCUUUGACCUAUAGAUGCUUCCUUAAUCUGUCCAUCAUCUGUGCUUAGAAACCCAUAAAUGGACUCAUUAUUCUCUGUGAAAAUCUGAGAAUCUUCAUGGACAUAUUUUCUGGAGGGAACUAUCCAUACGUUACCCCCUGUGAGGGGUUUGACGUGGGCUGCUGAAAACUUUAAUCCCCCCAACCUAGGCAGAAAGGUACAUAUCAUGCACAUGAAAAAGGCAGGUAUGGGUGUCUCUGAAGAAAAAUUCUGUGUGGAAAGGAUCAUCCUGGAUGAAGUAAGUUUGGGUGAAUUAGCACAACGGCAGAAUGAGAUAAAAGCACCCUCUUUAAAGGAAAAGAUCCGUGACUCUAUGAGAUGCUCUGCGGGGCAGUUGAAGAUUUGGAUUCUAACAUGGAUUCCAGUUCUCUCUUGGAUUCCCCAGUAUUCCAUCCAGGAAAAUGCUCUUGGUGACCUGGUUUCGGGUGUCAGUGUGGGAAUCAUGCACCUGCCUCAGGGUAUGGCGUAUGCUCUGCUGGCUUCUGUCCCACCUGUGUUUGGUCUCUACACCUCCUUUUAUCCUGUACUCGUUUACUUCAUCUUUGGCACAUCGAGACACGUGUCAGUAGGUACCUUUGCGGUGAUUAGCAUAAUGAUCGGCGGCGUCUCAGAGCGAUUAGUUCCUGAUGAUCGCUUUCUGACCAAUGGGACGAACGGAUCGGUCAUCGCGGAUACGGUGGCGCGAGAUGAGCUACGGGUGAAAGUGGCCGCAGCAACGACUUUGCUGUGCGGUGUCUUUCAAGUUUUGUUGGGUCUAGUUAGGUUCGGGUUUGUGGUGACGUAUCUCUCAGAGCCGUUGAUUCGGGGAUACACGACAGGUGCAGCUACUCAUGUGAUCAUCUCUCAGCUCAAAUACAUGUUUGGAGUCUCACCCAGACGAUUCAGUGGACCCCUGCAGCUGGUUUAUACUUUGGUGGAUCUGGGCAGUUUACUACCACAGACACACAUUCCCACUCUGGUGGUCAGUCUGGUGGCUCUCACAGCUCUGAUCAUUGUGAAAGAGAUAAACUCCUGCUACAGUCACAAAUUACUUCUCCCUAUACCCAUAGAGCUGAUGGUGAUUAUUGCAGGGACUCUUGUUUCACAUUAUACUGAUCUGAGAGCUGUCAAUGGUGUUGAUGUGGUGGGAGAUAUUCCAAGUGGACUGCUGCCACCACAAGUUCCAGAGGUGUGUUACUUUUCCUCAGUUGUUGGAGAUGCUUUUGCAGUGGCUGUGGUGGGAUAUGCCAUCAACAUUUCUCUGGGCAAGACCUUUGCUCUCAAAUAUGGAUAUAAAGUAGACAGCAAUCAGGAGUUGGUGGCGUUGGGGCUCUGUAAUGCCAUUGGUGGAUUCUUCCAGUGCUACUCCGUCACUUCCUCAAUGUCUCGUAGUCUUGUCCAGGAGAGCUCUGGAGGAAAGACGCAGGUUGCUGGAUUGAUAUCUGCUGUUAUUGUGCUCAUCACUGUUUUGAAGCUUGGCCCAGUUUUUGAGGAGCUGCCCAAAGCAGUGCUGUCCACCAUUGUGUUUGUGAAUCUGAAAGGAAUGUUCAUGCAGUGUCAAGAUAUUCCUGCUCUGUGGAAGAACAACAAAAUAGAUCUGCUGGUGUGGCUGGUGACAUUUCUCUGUACUGUUCUGCUAAAUCUGGACCUGGGUCUGGCAGCUUCUAUCAGCUUCACUCUUCUCACUGUGAUCUUCAGGACCCAGCGUCCAAGAUACUCUUUACUAGGCAGGGUGCCUGACACAGAACUGUACUUAGAAACAGAGUCAUAUAAGGAGGCAAAAGAAAUCCCUGGUUUCACUAUAUUCCGUUCCUCUGCAAUGAUCUUCUAUGCUAAUGCUGGACUCUAUAAAGAGGCCCUACUGGAGAAGUGUGGAAUAAAUGUUGCACAGCUGCUCAAGCUGAAAAAGAGAAAAAAAGAGGAGGAGAAACAUGCAGAGAAAAUGGCACAAAAGAGACAAGUGAAAGAACAAGAUAAGCAGACUGGAGUUCUGCGAGAGUUAGCAAACAGAAUGGUGAUCUCCAUGAAGAAUGUAAGUGACUCAGCGAACUGCCACAAAGCGAACCAGAAACACAUUUUCAUUGACAACGGAAUAGCAACAGUAACCCACGGUAACAUCAACUUGGGCUACCAGUCAGAGCAGGACUCAGAUCUAGAAGAUAAGGAGGAGCAGAAGAAGACAGACACACACUCCAUCAUCCUAGACUUCACUCCUGUCAGCUUCAUCGACACAGUCACCCUGAAAACACUGAAAGAUAUAAUUAGAGAUUUUGCAGAGGUGGAUGUCACCGUAUACAUUGCUGGAUGUCAAGUGUGUGUAGUGCAGCAGCUGGAGCGAGGGGACUUCUUCUCAGAGUCUGUCACCAAAGGUCGACUUUUCCCAUCUAUACAUGAUGCUGUGCUGCACUGUCUGUCACAGUCUGGAAAAGAACUGCCCAGUUCUAAGUUUGCACUGGAAAUGCCCUGCGUUACAAGAUUGUAACCACCAGAUGUCAGCCUGUCUUUCUUCCAUGACCAUGCUGUCUCUCUUUUCUCAAUUCACAAUGUAGGACUCUGUGUUUCCAUGACAACUUAUGUCACUGUUGUCUUGUGAUUAUACCAGUCACUGGAUAGUAACAGAUCACAAAUAAAACAUCUAAAGACAUUUUUAGAAACUGUUGUGACAGUUUGAGAACUCAAAUGAGUUGGUUAAUGCAUAUACAAAUUAUUAUUAUUUCUACAAAUAAUAAUUACAAAUAGGGCUAUGAAUUGAUUCAAAUUUUAAUGGAAUUAAUUACUUCAAAUUAAGUAAUCAAAUUAAUCGCAUAUAUAAAUAUUUGCAGAGAAAGGCCCCCUAUAUAAAAAUAUUUAAAUAUAUAAUUAUUAAAUAAUUAUUAAAAAAAAUAAGUAGGCUAUAAUAUAUGUAAUAAAUAGAAUAAUUCAGAUAAUUAAAAUACAUUUAUUGUGGCAGAUGAGUUAAAGGAAUAGUUCACCCAAAAAGGAAAAUUCUCUCAUCAUUUAUUCACCCUCAUGUCAUCCCAGAUGUGUAUGACUUUCUUUCUCCUGCAGAACACAAAUGAAGAUUUUUAGAAGAAUAUCUCAGCUCUGUAGGUCCUUUCAAUGCAAGUGAAUAGUGAUCAGAACUCUAAAAUCUGAAGAUGAAAUCAGCAUAAAAAUAAUCCAUCAGACUCCAGUGGUUUAAUCAAUGUCUUCUGAAGUGAUCCAGUUGGUUUUGGGUGAGAACAGACCAAAAUAUAACUCCUUUUUCACUGUACAUCUUAAAAGGUCUCUAGCCACAUAGGAUCAUGAUUUCAAGCUCGAUUACACUUUCUAGUGCUUUAUGCAUGCACAACCUGUGUCUCGUUUCGAAGGCUGCGUGCUAGCUAGGACGUGUCCUUUGAAGGCUGCAGUAUACCGAGUGUCCUCCUUUAAACAAGCCUCAUUUAAACGAGACGGCCUUCGCAGGACAAACGGAAACGGAACGUAACAUGGUUGCUAUGACAGCACGUCACUCUUUAACAAGUGCGAGCGCUUUGAGUGAGAAGGGAACAAAGUCCCUCUGGAAGGAAAUGCAUGAGGUACAUUUUAAGAGAGUUAUAAUGAUGUAAAGAGAAAAGAAAAUCUAAUACUUUAUUUUAAUUAUAUAUUAAUAUAAUUAUACAUAUUAUAUACUCUGCACCCAUCUACUGAUGUACUUCAACUUGGGAAUUAACAUUCCUUGCGUUUUAACAUCAUAUUUACGGCCAAAUUGGCGUCAUUUAUUUUAGACAUUUCCGUUGAAGCAAAGAAUUGUGGGUUGUGAGUGCCCUCGUAGGAUACACCUCAUGCAUACUCCGAAUUCCCAUGAAAGGAGGUCACAUUCGAAGUGUCCUACAUGCUUUUCUGAAACGAGGCGGCCUCGAUGACAAAUGCGACCUCCGGAGGACGCAGCCUUUGAAACGAGACACAGCCAUAGAGCGCUAGAUGGCACUAUAGAAAGUGUAAUCGAGCAUGAAAUCAUGAUCGUGCCUAGAGACUGCAAUGAAAAGACUCACAGUGGAACAGGAGUUAUAUUUUGGUAUGUUCUAAUUUUUUUAUACAUGUUAUUUUUUAUAUAAUUAAUCACACUGAAUUAAUGCGUUAAAAUGACAGCGCUAGUUAAAAAUUAAUGAGGAAAAUCCUCAUUGCAGAAUUAUUAUUGGGAAUUAAAGGAAUAGUUCACCCAAAAAUGAUAAUUCUCUCAUGAUUGACUUACCUUUAAGCCAUCCCAGAUGUGUAUGACUUUCCUUCUUCAGCAGAACUGAAGUGAAGAUUUUUAUAAGCAUAUGUCAGCUCUGUUUGUCCAUACAAUGCAAGUAAACGGGUGCCAUUAGAUUGCUGUCUAUUUGACGAUCCAAAAGGCAUAUUUAGACAGCAUAAAAGUAAUCCACACGACUUCAGUUGAUCAUUGAAUGUCUUCUGAAGUAAAUCGAUAGGUUGGUGUUAGAAACAAAUUGAUAAUUAAAACGUUUUUAACUUUAAAUCGUUGCUUCUGCCCACCGCUGUAUUGCUGUUUGAAAUGACCUAAGUCUCGUGUGACGUUCGUUCCUCUGUUGUGUACAAAGCACACGCUUCCGACUUCUCAUGUCAACGCACCAUUGCGCUUACGUCAUUGAUGCGUUGACUGCUGGCAGGAAGCAAUUUUUAAAAGUGAAUAAAGUUUUUAUUUAUAAAGUUUCUAUUUAUUUUUUACACAAACCUAUUGGUUUGCUUCAGAAGACAUUAAUUGAUCGACUGAAAAAAAAAAUAGAGCUCAAAUGUGUUAAUAAACAUCUUCACUCCGGUUCUGCUGAAGAAGGAAAGCCAUACACGUCUGGGACGGCUUAAAGGUGAGUCAAUCAUGAGAGGAUUUUCAUUUUUGAGCAAACUAACCCUUUAAGAAGUUUUUAAACUGUUGUUUACCUGGAGUGCUAUGUUGAAAAUGUUACUCAUGACUGUCAAAAAUAUAUAUAUUUUUUUUUGGUCAGCCUUGCUGUCCCAGGUGCUGUAUACAGUGAUAAACAGGAGCUCAUUAACAGAUUUAUAAAUUGACUCUACAUACUAGUCAAUACAUACUCUGAGAAUCUGACGUCCUGUUUAUUUCAUUGGUUAAACCUACUGAGUGGGGCCCAUCAGGCCCAUCAAUGGUUCUGGUAAGAUCUCCUUGACAAGGUCAAGACAAGGUCCAGUCUACGUCUCACCUUGUGUUUUGGAAAUAUUAUUUGCAUUUAAAAAAAUAAAAAAAAAGAAAGAAAGAAAAAAAUAAAAGAAAAAGCAUGUGUAUAUUCAAUACAUUUUAUUUUAUGUGAAUAGUGUGUGAAUAUUUCCUAUAUUUACAACUGUUUUGAGAAGGAAUGCCUUUUCAAGAAAAAGAUGCUCUUAUGUAUAAUGACGUAAAUGGG